ACUAGACACCGCAGAAGAAGAAGAGGAAAACGAAGAAGGAAACGACGAAGAAGAAGAGCUAAUGCUUGUUGUUAGCAAGCCGACAUUAAACAAACAGAAAGCCGACACGGCGUCGACAUGUCGGCCGACACCAAGAUCGCCGAGCUGCUCACGGAGCUCCAUCAGCUCAUCAAGCAGACCCAGGAGGAGAGGUCACGCAGCGAACACAACCUGCUCAACAUCCAGAAGACACACGAGAGGAUGCAGACGGAGAACAAAACGUCUCCGUACUACCGGACCAAGCUCAGAGGACUCUACACCACGGCCAAGGCCGACGCUGAGGCCGAGUGCAGCAUUCUGCGUCACGCGUUGGACAAAAUAGCGGAGAUCAAGUCUCUGCUGGAAGAGAGGAGGAUAGCUGCUAAGAUGGCGGGCGUGUACAGCGACAGCGACCCUCCCAGGAAGACGAUGCGGCGCGGCGUCCUGAUGACGCUCCUCCAGCAGUCGGCCAUGACGCUUCCUCUGUGGAUCGGCAAGCCGGGGGAGAGCCCCCCCCCUCUCUGUGGGGCGACCCCGGCCAGCAGCGACUACGUCGCCAAACAAGGAGACAAAGUGGCGGCGAGAGUGAAGGCGGACGGAGACGAGCAGUGGAUCCUAGCCGAGGUCGUCAGCUACAACCAUUCCACCAACAAGUAUGAAGUGGACGACAUCGACGAAGAGGGCAAAGAGAGACACACACUGAGCCGGCGGAGGAUCAUCCCCCUGCCUCAGUGGAAGGCUAACCCAGAGACGGACCCCGAGGCCCUGUUCAGUAAGGACCAGCUGGUUCUGGCUCUCUACCCGCAGACCACCUGCUUCUACCGGGCCCUGAUCCACACGCCUCCACACAGGCCUCAGGACGACUACUCGGUGCUGUUCGAGGACACGUCGUACGCUGACGGUUACUCUCCUCCUCUCAACGUGGCUCAGCGAUACGUCGUCGCCUGCAAAGAGAACAAGAAGAAGUGACCUCUGAGAGCUCCGAUUUCCUUUUUUAAUUUGUGUGCAUGAACCGCACGGCGCCGUGUUGAUGGAGCAGCUGCGACGUUAGCCUAGCGUAGCGCCGAUCCAUUUUUUUACCCGUUUAUUGCAAUUAAAUGGCAGCUGAAAAGGUUUGAUUGGGUUCUUCUGCUCCACGAGAAGAGGAACUUCAGCGCGCCGCCGAGUAUUGGAACGCACCCCGAUGCAUGGGCAGAGCUCGGUUACCAGCGUGGAGCAGGAGGAGCGUUUGAUUCAAACACCAGCAGCAGGUUCCUCCAUGUUUGUGGGCGGAGCCAUUUAGAUUGUUCAGUUUGUUUUUAUUAUUAUUAUUAUUAUGACGUGUUGAUGAUCGUGUGAAACAACUUUAAAAAGAACUGUGACUA